AUGUUUAUCGCAGGCAGCUGUGGUAUGAACGAGUUGAUUAAACUCCAUUUCGACCUAUCGGGUGAUAUUCUGCUGUACUUUCAUCAAUUUUUGAAAACUGCGAUGGCUGAAAACUUACUACGUACAAGCCCAAGAGAAGACCCCAAAGGUCAAACUGUGGUCCAACUUCUUCAUGGGAAAGUGCAUAUCAAAGAAAAUAACAAAGUAUUUUACUUCGUUGCGGUAGUGUUAUUACAGAAGUGA